AUGGCUCAUACCACUAAGGAGAAUAGAGAUAUUUAUUAUCGGAAGGCCAAAGAAGAAGGGUUUAGAGCAAGAAGCGCAUACAAACUUUUACAGAUUUUUGAGUCAUUCCAUAUUCUUUACCCUAAACUAGACGAAGAAUCAGCUUUGUCGAUUCUUUUAAACUCUUCGUGCUCAUAUUGUGAACAUAAUAUAAAUAAAAAUGAUUACAUUGAUAAAAUUGUUAUUUCAGAACGCACUAAAGAAAACUUAUGUUCUACUGGCCCAGGUUCUGAUUCUGAGUCAGAUGAUUACUCAGAACUUGGUUUAGUGGAUUAUGUAAAAAUUAAACGAAACUGCCUUGAAUUAGGAAGAAUCAAAAACGUAGUUGACCUCUGCUCAGCUCCAGGAAGCUGGUCGCAACUCCUCAGUAAAAUGGUCCACGAAGACUACGAAACUCUGAAAAACGCUUGCAAGAAACUUCAAACCCAACAGGAAGUAUGUAAAAACUUGGUUGAGUACGUAAAUAUUAAGCCGGUGAUUGUGGCAAUAGAUAUUCAACAGAUGGCGCCAAUUGAAGGAGUCCGUUUUUUAAAGGGGGACAUAACUGACCCUGAAAUAUUGAAGGAGGUCCUGCAACUCUUCAUUGAAAACGUAUCUAGAAACAUAAAUCAGGCUUACGGAGGAGAAUAUGAUGAAAAACUCAGAAGAAAUGCACAACUGAUAACCUGCGAUGGAGCCCCUGAUAUUAGUGGACUCCAUGAAACAGACUCCUUUCUACAGUCUUACUUAAUAAAAUCAGCCCUUUCAGUUUGUUUUUCACUUCUCGACCCUGAUGGCUGCUUCAUUUGCAAGACCUUCUUUAGCUCAGAAAACACUCCGAUUUUCACUCAGGUAUCCUCUUUUUUCGACUACUGUACAAUAUUCAAGCCUAGCGCCUCACGUUCUUCAAGCUUUGAGCACUUUAUAGUUGCUGUGGGUUACAAACCCUUUGGUCACAUUUUGAAUACGCCUAAAUCACAAGAAAUUGAUGAUGAAAGAGAAAUUGACUCUGAGCUUAAAGAGAUUAUUAAAGCGGCGGGGAAGGCAAUAUCCUGGGACUAG